AUGGUCGGAAGGUGGCUCUGCAGUUGUCCACCAACAAGAUUAAAGAUGAUGACUAUUACCACCAUCCGGAGCACGCAGGCGCAAGGACGAGGCGACAAUCAGGCGCCGCACACGACCCGCCUAGGGCUGCCUCCUUAUCCUAUAACAACACAAGAGUCCCAAGCCCCAGGAUCAGAGCUGGUUCUCCUCAGUAUGGGUGUGAGAGGUAGCGGCGGUGUGGGCGGAGGUGUGCCCCGUAACCGUCCGAGUCACGUGGCCUACUACGUGGCCCUCGUCGGCAUCGUCAGUCUUCUGAUCUUGUUGCUUCUCUACUUCUUCUACUUCUUUAUUAAGAAGGUCAAAAAACUCAGUUCCUUGGACACACCGACACUGACGGCUACGCCUGCUUGCAGACCACCACAAGCAACCGCACCUGCUUACCCCGUGCAACCAGUGGUUCGCGAGGGUGCAAGUGAAAUGGCCAGGAUAUGCAGUCAGGUGCCCCAACCAGGCAAGGGUGGUACUAUAUACCCAACGUCCACAUCACCUGCUGCAAUCCGCACAGACACGGGUGAGAGGAGUCAGACCGAACCUGCAGUACCAGAAUCUGUGGUGCCUUCAGCUACUACUGCACCCACAGUUCCCGAUGUGCCUUCCGUCCCUCACGACCCUGUGUUAUUGAAACAGGCACCGCCGGUGAUAACGGUCGAUCAGAUUCCAUCACUAACAGCUCAAUAA